AUGGAUACGUGGAAGAACAUCAGAGACAGAGAAUCCGGAAAAUCGCGUCCACAAUCCUUCGCUAACCGCAUAAAAUCCAAUCGCAUUUCACAUCUCCAGUUAUCAAAUCACAAAGAACUCAUUUCCCCUCACAAAGGCGCAAUCAAUUCCCUUCAGAUUGAUUUGACAGAGGGAAGAUAUCUCUUAUCUUCUGCAUCUGAUGCAUCGGUAGCGGUUUUCGACGUGCAACGGCCGAGUGAAUGCAACGCUAUAUGGUAUCCCAUUGAUACUGGAUUGUUCGUUACUGGUUCAUAUGAUCAUUAUGUUAAUGUUUGGGACACUAACACCACUCAGGUUGUGGUGAAUUUUAAAAUGCCUGGUAAGGUGUAUAAGACUGCGAUGUCUACAUUGUCGACAUCUCAUAUGCUUAUUGCAGUUGGAACUGAGGAUGUACAAGUUCGGCUUUGUGAUAUUGCUUCGGGGGCAUUUGCUCAUACUUUGUCUGGUCAUCGAGAUGGUGUAAUGACUGUUGAAUGGUCUGCUUCAAGUGAAUGGGUCUUGAUUACUGGGGGGUGUGAUGGCGCCAUACGUUUUUGGGACAUAAGGCGUGCUGGUUGUUUCCAAGUUUUAAAUCAAUCUCGUACACAGCUUGGAAGACGUCCACCAAUACUCAAACGUUCUUCCAUAACUAAGCUUUAUUACUCACAGGAAUCAAGUACAAAAGUGCGUGCUGCACAGAAGAAAUUUGUCAAUGGCAGUGGCAGUGGACAACUGCCAAUUGGCAGGCUAUCAUCUAGGGGACCCAUGAAGCAGAAAUUACAUCCAGGAAUGAUUUCUACUCAGGAUCGUGCAACUGCUCACUAUGGUGCUGUGACAGGAUUGAAAGUAACAGAGGAUGGCAUGUAUCUCUUAAGUGCAGGGUCUGAUUCAAGAUUGAGGUUGUGGGAUAUUGAGUCAGGUUGCGACACUCUUGUGAACUUUGAAACAGUCCGCUUGCAAACAAGCAAACCUAUUCAAUUCGCUACAACUCAAGACUCGGCCGUUGUUUUUGUUCCAUGCAUGAGAGUUGUGAAAGCAUUUGAUAUGUGGUCUGGGAACGCACACACGAUACUACGUGGACACUAUGAAUCUGUAAACGCCUGCUGGUUUAAUCUGCAUGAUCAGGAGUUGUACACAGGUGGAAACGAUAGACAAAUUCUUGUAUGGUCACCUGCUAGGUUAAUUGCGGAUGAAAUGGGCGAAGGAGAUCCCGACGAUCAGGAUAACUGGAGUAACUGA